GUUUGCUUCUGGAGAUGCCAAGCUGAGCUGCAAUGAGGAUGACAAGGAACAUUUUCAAUUCAAAGACAUCAGGGAUGGGUUCAGCUCGACCUUUGAGAAGAUCGUUGAGUCUGACCUUAUGAAGGGUACAUACUACAGCAGCUUGGACUCUUUGGAUGUCCUUUCUCUCACAGACGAGACAGACAGCUGUGUCAGUUUUGAGGCCCCACUCACCCCAUUGAUCCAGCAAAGGGUGAAGGAAAGCCCAGAGCUCUUGGAGCAGAAACUGGUAUCCCAGCAGAGAGAAGCCCUUCACCACAUGGCUGCUGAUAAGGAAGAGCCAGCAGCAGCAAAGCCAGCAGAGGGGGAUUUUGGGAGCCCUCUCAGGCAUUCAAUUACCAGCAGCAGGUCGGAGAAUGUGCUGAGCCGGUUGUCUUUGAAGAGUAUCCCAAAUGGGUUCCAUGUGGAAGGGUCAGAGGAAGAUGCCACCAAGAUCAUUAACUCCAUCAGUGAUGCCAGCUUGAAAGACGCACUGUCAGACUCUGACUCCGACAUGGGUAGCACGGAGCAGCUUGACCAGGGCAGCACGGACACCUUGGCAAACGGCUGCAGGGCAGAUAGUGAGGCUGCCAAGAGGCUGGCCAAGCGCCUCUAUAACCUCGAAGGGUUCAAGCGCUGCGAUGUGGCACGCCAGCUUGGGAAAAAUAACGAAUUUAGCAAGUUGGUAGCAGAGGAGUAUCUCAGCUUCUUUGACUUCACUGGCCUGACCCUUGACAAAGCACUCAGGACAUUCUUGAAAGCGUUCCCGCUGAUGGGAGAGACGCAGGAGCGGGAGCGGGUGCUGGUUCAUUUCUCGCGGCGAUACUGCCAGUGCAACCCAGAGGAGAGCACGUCUGAAGAUGGGAUUCAUACACUCACCUGUGCCCUGAUGCUGCUAAAUACAGACCUUCAUGGCCAUAAUAUUGGCAAAAAGAUGUCAUGUCAACAGUUCAUAGCAAACCUGGAUGGACUGAAUGAUGGGAAGGACUUUGCAAAGGAUUUGCUGAAGACACUAUAUAACUCCAUCAAGAAUGAGAAGCUGGAGUGGGCCAU